UUUUUUUCUUUCUCAUCUACGGAGGGGUUUAAAGGUGAGAAAAGUUCUAGAUGCAUCCAGACCUAGCUAUGGAGUCCGUGUGCGUCUCUCAAUCCCCGUGGUUUCCAGUGGGGCAACUCAGCCGAAGCAAGAAGCGAGCCAGGGCAACUCUCACAUUUGCUAGCAGCAGCAGUAAAAUUGGCGAGAUGGCUUCGACGGUGGCAGCAAUCCCAUCCCUUCACAAGGCGUGGGUGUACAAAGAGUAUGGAGCUGCCAAGGACGUGCUCAAACUGGAGGAGCUUCCAGUCCCACCGCUCGCGCCCGACCAGGUCCUCGUCAAGGUACACGCAGCCGCGUUGAAUCCCGUGGAUUUCAAGCGGCGAUUGGGCAAAUUCAAGGCCACGGACUCGGACCUUCCCACUGUUCCUGGAUACGACGUGGCUGGAGUGGUGGCCAAAGUUGGAAGCGAAGUCUCGAGCUUGAAGCAAGGUGAUGAAGUCUACGGUGACAUCUCCGAGUUUGCGCUGGACAAGCCAAAACAAUGGGGAUCCAUCGCCCAGUACACGGCGGUGGAAGAGAAGCUCCUGGCAAUCAAGCCCCGGAACUUGAGUUUCAUCCAGGCGGCGAGCCUGCCUUUGGCGAUCCAGACGGCACAGGAAGGAUUCGACAAGGCGAAGUUGAGGGCGGGACAGUCUGUGCUCGUGCUUGGAGGUGCUGGAGGCGUUGGAUCACUCGCUAUACAGCUUGCAAAGUUUGUGUAUGGAGCAUCGCUUGUGGCAGCCACGACUAGUACUCCCAAGCUGGGGCUUGUCAAGUCUUUGGGAGCCGACAUUGUUAUAGAUUAUAAAGAGAAGAACUUUGAAGACAUGCCGGAGAGAUACGACGUUGUUUUUGAUGCUGUUGGGGAGCCAAAAGGCACAAAUGUUGUCAAAGAAGGAGGCACUGCUGUUGUUCUGACUGGGCCAGUAAAUCCUCCUGGGUUUAGAUUUGUGGUUACUUCCAAUGGAUCCAAUCUGGUGAGGCUCAAAGACUUCUUGGAAAGUGGCACAGUGAAACCAGUGAUUGAUCCCAAAGGCCCCUUUGAUUUUGGUAGUGUAGUGGAUGCUUUUUGCUACUUGGAAGGUGGCAGGGCAUGUGGCAAAGUGGUGAUAUCUGUACUUCAAUGAAACCUUCUAAAUACGGGUUUUAGGGAAUCUUUGUAUA